AUGCUAGAUGUCGAGUCGAGGCUGGCCCCUGCCCUCCUAAGAGAGAAACGUCAAAGAUGGCCGAGUCAAGAUGUCAAGCGGCAAUUGCCUCUAGUGGAGACAGCCCAGCUCUCACGACACCCGCACCCUCAUCUCCCCCUUCGCUCUCCCCUUCACCCUCUCAACAUCGGGACGACACCCCUCCUCUCCAGCCCCCCGAACCCCGAUGAAGCUUGGGUGUGGGUAAACACACCAGCGUCGCCCUCCGUAACCCACUCCAACCAAGAAGGAUGUCCUCAACCCAGCCCCCAGCACCAAGCCCUCAUCCUCUACAGCCAAUUCCACAGCAAGGGCAACACGAGUGAGGACAGCGACAGCGACAAGCCCGAGUCCAUCGACGUAGGCAACGAGCCCCCUCCCACUUUCCCACCUUCCACCGCCGCACUCGAGGCUGUGCUCAAUCACUGGUGGGAGGCUGUGACUGUUGAGGCACUGGAGUUCUCCGAGAGAAUGCAGCCGUUCCUCGACAGGAAGGGUGAAGUGAAAUCGCGCAUUGCCCGGAUGAAACAUGAGCUAAAAUGCGCGGAUGUGGAACUCUCUCAGCUCGUGAAGGAGGAAAUGGCCGUGUACAGACCUACGAUGGAUGCUAUUGAGGGCCGCAAGGCGGAGAUUGAGGCUGCUAGGGUUGAGUUGAGGAAUUUGUCUGGGCGCUGGAGUACCUCGAUGGAUGAGGAUGAUGGAGAUGAGUGA